ACCAAAGAUUAACCAUCCUCAGUCGACCUCUUCUCUCAUCUUGGCCUUAGCUCCACCGCAGCCGGCGAACUUAGCCGGGUAAAAUGACAAAGAUCUACCCGAACUCACCGAUCUCUUCAACUCCGCUUGCGUCCAUCUCCACCGAAUCGGAACCGGCAUCUCUCACAGUCUGGCGUAAAUCUCUCCUCUUCAACUGCAGCGGUUUCACCGUUUUCGACUCCAAUGGAAACCUUGUCUUCCGAGUUGACAACUAUUCCUCGACGAGCCGCACCGAGAUCGUCCUCAUGGAUGCGGCUGGAAAGCCCCUCUUCACCAUCCGCCGAAAGAAGCUAAGCAUUGCGGACCACUGGUACAUCUACGACGGCGAAGCAUCGGCGGCGAGGCCGCGUUUCUCAGUACGAAAGCAUGUAACCCUGCUCCCUUCCAAGGAGCUAGCGUACGUGAACCAUUACGGCCGAGCUGGCGGCGAGGAAGGUGUUAUUUACGGCAUUGAGGGCUCCUUCUCGCAUAGAUCUUGCGUCGUUUACGACGAUUGCCGGCGGCAGGUGGCGGAGAUCCGACGGAAGGAGGCGGUCGCCGGCGUUGCCUUCGAUGGCGAUGUGUUCCGCCUCGUCGUGCAGCCCGGCUUCGACGCCGCGCUUGCCAUGGCUGUUGUGAUAUUGCUCGAGCAGAUGUUCGGCUCGCGAGUAGCGGCCCUCAAGGACUGAGAUUGCUUCGGCGCAGUUCUAGAAGUUUUUUUGUUUUUUUUCUUUGGCGGAGUAGAAUUCAGAAAAUCAGGAAGGGUUGCCUGUUAUUAGUGCAACUUAGUAUUGAUUGUAUAUAUAUUAGUAUUCAAUAUAGGUGUAGUAAAUUAUCGUAUAGAUUUAUCUAAUCAGAAUCCAUUUUCAAACCUAA